UUAACUACGGUUUAACUCCUUUGCAUAUCAGAUAGAAUUGGAACAGGUUACUGGUCGUUUAUUACAGUUUGUAAAAUCGAUGUAUUUCAGAGUGAAUGUUUCAAUCUGGCAACCCGUUUGGGAAAACUCAUAGCAACCUGGCAACCUUGUGCCCAGAGAAACGUGGGCUGAGCGCUCGGAGACGCACUCACACAGCCGGAGUUUCCACACAUCCGAAAGUGAUCGCGGGUCAGAAACGGGCGAGAGAGCUUGUACCGAAAAGUGUUGCGGAUUAACCGAGUUUUACGAAUACAGGGAGACUCAAGUGGAGUCACGGAAACCAAAAACGGAAACCUCCGCGUGUCGGAGCGGUGAGCGAUGCGCUGGCACCAUGGCCAAAUGGUUCAAGGAGCACCUGGGAUUCAAGAGCGCCAAAGCCUCGCCGCCGGCGCCUCCGAGACCGGAUUACCGGCACUGCCACGCGGCCGCCGCAGCUUACCAACACGCAGGCACUGGCACCGUAGGUGCGAGCUACCCGAGCCCCGCGCAACCGGACAUCCUCGCCGCGUACAAACUUCAGAAAGAGCUGGACUUCGAGGACCCGUACGCCGCCGGCGCCAACACUUGUUUCUCGGGCGCAGCGCUCUCGGAGGUGAAGUACGUGUCCCCGAAACACAGGCUCAUCAAAGUGGAGACGCUGGAGAGGAGCAGCGCGAGCCCGAGUGUUGGCGGAGGCGGCGGCGGCGGCGGAGGUGCCGGUGGUGGUAGUAGUGGUGGCAGCGUGAGCCAGGCAGCUGUAGGGAGCGCGAGAUCUCCAACAUCCCCAGCCGCCGAGCAUGAGAAUAAGCAGGACAAGGUGAUCAUCUUGGAGGACUACGCGGACCCUUUCGAUGCCGCGGAUCAAGCAGGCAGCACCCAGAACAUUGUGGAAAAGCCUGUGGAGAACGAUGGCUACAUGGAGCCGUACGAGGCUCAGAAGAUGAUGGCUGAGAUCCGAGGGAGUCGUUGUGUAAAGGAAGGGCCGGUUCGGCAGCUUCCUCUGUAUGACACCCCGUACGAGCCUGCAGAGAACGGCGGGGAUUCUGAUCCCCUGGGUUCACGUGAGAGCAGGCUGCCUCAGGAUGACGAGAGGCCGCCAGAGGAAUAUGAUCAGCCCUGGGAGUGGAAGAAGGAACGCAUCUCAAAAGCCUUUGCAGUAGAGAUUAAAGUGAUAAAGGACCUCCCGUGGCCUCCUCCUGUUGGCCAGCUCAGCACUACGUCCCCCCUGGUGGAGGUGGCUGAGGGUCCUCCUGCUCCCCAGCAGGCGUCCCAGCUCUCCCCUGGACAGAGCACCUCAGGCUGUGAGCAGCACCACCAGGUCCAGUUCGAGGGGGUGGAGAAAGGCAGGAUGUCUCCGACGAAAGACGGGAAAUCGAGGCCUCCCCAGCGUCACUCCAGCGGCUGCUUGGUCAACAUGAAGAUGAGCUCGGUGGAGCAGUGUAUGCCGACAUUGGGCGAGCGAAUUGACCCCACCAUGCCACUGGAGAGCCAGUUCUGGUAUCAUGGCGCAAUCAGUCGAACGGACGCUGAGUCAUUGCUGAGGUUGUGUAAAGAGGCCAGUUACCUAGUGAGAAACAGCGAGACCAGCAAGAACGACUUCUCCCUCUCUCUCAAGAGCAGCCAGGGUUUCAUGCACAUGAAGCUGUCACGAACCAAAGACAACAAGUACAUCCUGGGCCAGAACAGCUGUCUGUUCGACAGCGUGCCGGAGAUCAUCCACUUCUACUCCAGCCGCAAGCUGCCGAUCAAAGGAGCCGAGCACAUGUCCCUCCUGUACCCCGUGGCCAUCCGGACACUUUAGCCUCCAGUCUUUUUUUUUUUAUUUGAUCGCUGAAUGAAUGGCUUGUUGUUGCUUGUUACAGGUGGAUGGAACAUCCAUCAUCUGCAUUUACAACAGCAUCUUAUAAAGUUUGAUGACUGAUAUGGUGUCUGCUAAGCCUCUGUGAAUGGCUGCUUGUACACAGUGCUACUGGAACACUCUCCAGCAAAGACUGGAAGACUUUAGCGGCUUUAAAAAAAAAAAAAAAGCCCUCACUUUCCCACUGAUGGUGUCAGAUCUCAAGUCUUUUUUUAAUUUACGCCGAGUUAUACAUUCAGCUCAGUGGAUUAUGGAGACCACACCGACCACACAAAGCAGACUAAUCUGUAAAAAAUGUGUUUUCCAACAGCUCUAAUGUGCACCCUCAAAUCCAUUUCUGCUGACAUUUCCUGUUCAUUUGGAUUUAAAACCCUGAGCUUUGGCCUGCACCUCCUCUUUGAUUGUUUGGUCUCAUGCAUACUAAUAAAAUCUCACGCAAACCAUUUAUGUGGAUGUUUCUGAACUCCAGGAUGACUUAUAAUCUGCUGUUUGUUAAGAUUAGUAAACCGGGAUACCACAACUCAUGUGAACUUCCUGGAAGGGUUCUAGCAUGUGUUUUUCUCUUCAGUGUGAUACGUUCAGAGAUGACAAAUUGGAGGAACAUUUCGUUGUAUCAGAAACCAAUGCCCCAUACCACAAAGUUGCUGUUCCCUAUAAAGACUAACGUGCACUUGAAACACACCUAGAAAAACAUCUACAUAAAUCUUUCAACAACAGACAUAAACCUGCAUAAGCAUUUGUAAAUUUAUAUUGAUAAUUUUAAUACACGUGAUGACAUCCUAAUGACAGACUGCCUUCGUCAGUUUUGAUGUCAAGCCAAACAUAACAGUUGCCUGUAUGGAGGCUUAUUGCAUCGGUGAUCGGUGCUGUUGACAAAAAACUGCUUUCAUCAGCAUUACCCCCUUACUGUAUGUCAACACAAACUUUCAUUGACAUAAGUUUGCGUUACGAUACGUUCUGAAACGAUGGACAUUAGAAGUUCAUGACAACGGACUUCGUAGCUCUUUUGUAUUGCGGGUUCACAUGAUGGUGUAACAUUUCAGACAUUAAAAUAUAUAAAAAUCACAACACAGGAAAGGCAUUGUUAUAAGUAUUCAGCAUUGUCAAAAAGCUUCCCAAUUUUGGCUCUUGUACCUAGCAAAAUCUAAGACUCAAAUUUAUUUAAAUCGAUGUAUAAAGUUAGAGGUCAUGAGGUUCCUGUAAAUCGAUUUAGAGGUCAUGAAGCUUUUUCUGAAAAGCGUUUAAAAUAAUUUUUUAUAAUUAUCAGAACGAUGGAGGAAUUUUUGUUUGUUUGAUUGAUUGAUUGUUUUUUUGUUUGUUUGUUUUUUUGCCACUAUCCCAUUAUUGGGAAUUUGUUAAUUUGUUAACACUAUAUAAAUUAUUUACUUCUUAUAUAUUAAAAAAAAAAAAAAACUUAAAAGGAUUUCUUCAUGGCGCAACAGUAAAGCGGUUCCUAUCUUGUUCAGCGAUCACAAAGUGAAAUUCCUAAAAAGCCACAACCCAUCAGUGCUAGAAAUCCAAGAGAGCAAAAGUGGACAUUUGUCGUUAAGUUUUUGUGUCAUGAAGGUUUUAUGUAGUUGUAUAAUCAUCGCCAUUAUGUAAAGUGUUUACAAAUGACCUUUUUAGCUCUAAAACCGUUGUUUCAUUCCGAUCUGAAUUUUCUAUCGGUUGUGUCUAUUUGACCAGUUGCUUAAAAUGCAUUGCAUUCGACAUUUUUCACAAGUUGCAAAAAAUGUACGAUUACAGAUUCGGUGCAUUUGAACAAAGCCAAAAUUUCAAAUAGUUUAGAUAAUAGACAACAUAUUUGACUCGAGACUGAACGUCCUUGUGCGGCCGAGUGAAGCAUGAAAAAGGAUGUUCCAGACGUUUCAUAAAAAUGAGCUACUUUACAUUCAAUCCCCUCUUAGCUUAAGACUUGGGAGAAUGAAAUAUGUCUGCAUUGUCUACCUCAGAAAAUCAAUUUAAUUCCACCCAUCAGCCAAUCAAUAAGGUACAAUAAGAUUGCAGAUAUCGAUCCAACUCCCUUUUCCUCUCGUCAAUUUUCACCAAAUUGUACCUUGGCUUUACGGAAAAGUUUGUCUUGGUUAAACUCAAUCAAAGUUGGUUUGUUUCGUGCUUGUGCUCGCCUGCUCGUUUUACGAUCGUUUGUAUGUAAAUGUUACUCUGUACUAGUACGUGAUGCCAGUGACAAAAUUUGGGUUCAGGCUUUAGACUGUAGAUGCAUGGUGAGGAAAAAAAACUCCAGUCCGCUUCUUAAACUGAUUUUCCAUCUCCCUCCCCCAAAAAAUUGCUUUAACUGAAUGUUCUGUGACUGUAAUUUAUUAUGGAGUGAUUAUUAUAGCUGUGUUUUACUCCCAGAUAAAGUGACUGAGAUUCUUUUAUGUUCUCUCUGUUCAAAUCUUUGUGUGUCUGUGUGUGUGUGUGUGUGUGCGUGAGAGAGAAGGACUCUGAGUCUGUGUAUAAAACGGAAACAAACUAGCAUAUAAAUAUAUAUAUAAAAAGAAAUUCUGUGGUGCUCGAUCGUAUGCUAUCGAUCGGUUUGUUUUCCACAUGAUGUCCUGUUACAGAUUUCCGUGUGUUACGUAAACAUGAUGCGAAACCUGAUUGUGGUACAGACCAAAACCUGGAAUAUGCAAUGGUUUCUCCCACCUUUGUGCUUUUGUUGCCUGAUUUUGAGCCUCUCAGCAGGCGAGUCUGCCUAUGAAAAGGCCUUAUUUAAUCAUCUUUAUUGCUGGGGAAGCAAAGCCUUGCAGGUCUUGGAAUUAAUGAGGAUCUAAGAUGAAAGUUGCUAAUUAAACUCGUAAACCUUUAACACCAUAUUGCAAACCAUUGUGAGUGAGUCGCAUACAGUGUGCCAAAUGCAUUUAGAUUUAGAUUGCAUCUGCUCACAUUGUGAAGCUUGUAAAUAAUUUUUUAAUGAUUACAAAAAAAACACACAUCAAAAAAUAAACAAAUGCAGCGGUACGGCCGGACCUAUCCAAAAGAUAUCUGUCUUAAAUUCCCAUGAUUCUUAUGGGCCUGAUGAAGAGGAGUGCUCCUGUGUCUAUUGGAUUUCCUAGAUGUAUUUUUGUGUUGUUUUUAGAUCAAUUUCUCUUACUGUCUAAUCCAAACUUCAGAAAGGGAAUGAAAGAUUGUCAUUAUAUUUAAAACGAGAGAAUUACCGUUUGAUUUUUGUUACAGCAAGACACUGCAGGUGAAUAAAAUAUUAAAUCUUACAGUUAACCUUUGAUACUUAAUUGGUGAUGCUUUUAUUCAUUUUAAAUCAUUUAUUCAGGCAAUUUAGGCUUUGUCUAGUAGGUUCUGUCUAAAUAUGGAUAGAUCUGAAGAUUACAUGAAUGCAGGUCAUCUAGUAAAAUACUUGAUACUUGAAGAAAACAACGUGAUGUAUAAAUACACAGAGUUACCGGAGCCGCUUGUGUAAUUUAUAAGGUUUCAAUAUAUUGGCAUAUUUGUACAUUACAUUGAAAUGGAAUUGAGCCUAAAAUAUGUUAAAUCAAAAGCUUGAUCUGUGCAAAAUUGUCGUUUUUAUUUGUAGUGUCUUGCCUAAAUUUGAAGAUGUACAGCAUUUGUAUCCAUGUGACCUUUGCCGUGGUCGGGUUCUGAAUGUAUACUAAUAGGAGGUUAUUUUUACAUAAAGUCUUAACUGUUUAAAAACUAAAAUUAAAAAUCAGAGUGUAUGACUGGCAUGUUCAGGUAUCAGAUGACACAGAGGAUUGUAAAAUAAUGUAACUACCAGAUGCUGGCAGAUGGAAGAGAGGAAAAAAGGUUUGUUUUGUGAUGGUAGGUCUGAGGAUGAACAGCAGGAAGGCAGGAUAAUGGGGGAGGAGAGGAUGUGAAAGCCCUAAUCUUCAGUCUGCUUUAUUGUGUUCGUUAGAGCAUCUCAGUUUUUGUAGACGAGUGUUCUUUAGUAAGCUGUGUGUAAGUGGUUGUGUGUGUGAUACUUAUGCUUUUCUCAGCUUUAUUUAGAUGGAUACUGUGUGUGUGCGUGUGUGUGUGUGUGUGUGUGUGUGUGUGUCCCCUCAACCAUACACUGUCACCUCACCUGAAUCUAAUAUUCUUGUGUUAGCUUCCUCCUGUGUAUGCACUAAUAGAACAUAUCUGUACACUCUCAUGCCCAAAUGUAUAUACUGAAUGUAAUAAAUGGGGAUGUGGAGGCUUUGAGAUUCAAAGAAAUAAAGAGUUUAUGGGUCUAAAUGAGA